UAAUAUUAGUAUCUGUGGUUUUAGUACACAAAUAGAGUUGUGAGCGUGUGGACUGUUGUGCUGCCGUCCAGACGACAAUGACACAUAAUCCAAAAUAAUCCACUUAAUUUUCUCUCUCCAACUUCUGUGUUUAACCUUUGGCAAGUAAAAAUAAACACAAACAAGGGCGGCACACCCACCUCCACCAUCAAUCAGCUUGUACUCCCAUUUCAAAACACAUUAACAGCAACUCACAUGAGCAGGAGUCUUAUUUGUGUCUUAUUUUCUCUUAUGUUUAAUAUAUUUUAGUAGUAGUGGAGUAGUAUCUGACAGUUUUACGCUACUGGUACAAUUUGUCUGCCCAUUGCAAUCCUGUGGCAAACCCCAGAAGAUGUUGGAGAAGAAGGUUGAUGAGACGAAAACAAUCAGCCGCUCACGUUGUGGUCAAGCUAGCUGUUAGCAUCGUUAGCUCGUCCACGGCAGCCGUCUAAUGGAGAAAAGAAGGUUUCAAGUGAUGCUGGCUGUGGCAGUGGCUGUAGUGAAGAGCCGGGCGGCGGGCGUGAGCGGGCGCCAGCGCGUGGAGGCCUUGGCGGCCCGCCUCAGAGACCAGGAGGACACGUGCAGGAGAAAGGAUGACCUGCUGAAGCUGAUCACCAUGGUGACAGCAGGUGGCGAUGCCGCAAUGGCAACUGGCCUCAAGGAUCUGUCUUCGUCAACAAGCAGCCCCUCGGACACUCCAGAACUCUUUCAGCCAUCAUUUCUGUCCAAUCAGCACAAGGAUGCUCAGCAAAAGGUGGCGGCUAUUCCUCCUGUGGACUUACUGCAGUCACUGUGCGGUUUAGGCCGAGUGGGUGUCGGUCCAGACUCGUGGCUCGGUCCAGGUGAGAACGCGGGCCGGCUUUUGGAGGACACCUUGUGUCAACUCCUUGACUCGGUGGUGACGGCGUUCAGGGACCUCUGCCCCGCGGGAAUGGGCGAGCUCGCCCUGAAGGCUUGCCGAGCGUGGGCCCAGGCCUGCAACCGGUUCUGCUGUCAGAAUGCAUCGUGUGGCGACUUGAGGACACGCGUGCACACGUCUCUCAAGGAGCUGACCGCCAUCUUGCUCCACGCCAACCAACGUCACUCUACCUCUGAGAUGCUGACGGCCUGCUUGGUGGCACUGGCAAGCAGUCGCAUGGCAAAGUCCUUCCUGGUUGCGCACUUCCUGUGUGAAAUCAGCGCCCUGGCGGACUUGCUGUGGCACACCCAGCAGCAGGACUCUCCUCUUGAUGUGUUUCCUGUGGCUCUGUACCAAAACUCGGGUCGCCUCUUGUGGAUCCUGGAGGAGCUGCUGCAGAACUCAGAGGUCGCGGGGCAAGAAGAGGAGCGGUGUGAGUGGACGGAUAGCCUCCUUCACUUGCAACGACGAUUGUUUGCACUCUCUGAGGAGUUCCCGCUCUUUGCCAUCUCCGCGUGGAGGAUAGCGGCGCUCUAUUCCUCUGCUCCAAAUGAAUCCUCGAUCAUCACGUCACAGAAGCAAAUAUGAAAACUAACAAGAAUGAACUCCAUCGUCUUCAUCUGAUGAGGUGACUGACAAAAGCCAUGUUUAGCUGCUCUUCACUCACGGGGUCACAUGAUCCCCCUGCAUAGUGACCAGUGAAGAAUGAGGGGGGGGGUGUAUUCAUCAAGCUGAGCUUCAUGUAGAGCUCACAACCUGACUUGCAGUUUUGAGAAGAUGAAGACCACGCCACCUCCUUCAAUCACAAACUUUUUUGUAGCAGGUUGGAUAGCGUUAAUAAUAUUUACCACCCGCUGGGACUGACUGAUGCUAACUAGCAAGCUAACACUGACGCUGCAUGGUUUGGGUAACUAUGGCAAAGGUGAAUGCUCCCUGGCUGACUAGUUUGUUGGUGCGGAAAGGUUAAGUUGCUAGAUGGCAGGACUGGUGGCCACCACUAGAUGGCAGCAGUACACAUGAACAGAAUCCAGAAGACACCCGAAAUGCUCACGGAUAUUUUAGUUGGAAUGCUUUGCUCAGUAUUGCACUUUUCUCAUCCAGGAUGUGGAUUUGGUUUGUUUGCGUGGUUUCCACGACUACAUCCUUCAGCGCUGAGGAGGAAAGAUGGAAGGUGUUGAGAAGCAUUGGCUGAGCUGUCAAUGUUGCUGGUGCUGCUGUACCUCAAGUUCAGGAAAGAGCUCCAGCAGGGCGAUGUCCAGCAGGACAUAUGACAUCUGAACAGGGCAAAGAAAAGAAGAGUUCAAAGCAAACCAAUCAAAACUCGUCUUCAUUUUGCUCAACCAAAUCUUUAUUUUCAUCACCUGCUUGUUGAGGAGUGGCUGCUGUAGACCCUCAAAGAGAAGCUGGACGCCGUCGUGUUUGGCCUCCUCGCCAACACACUUAUCAACAAUGUCUAAUAACACAUACACGCAGAGGACGAGCCGGGGCUCAGUUGGACAUGUCCGCCGACAAGUCAAGGAGUUGCAGACUCACCAGGCAGAUAGGCCAUCAUCUGCUCAAAUGUCUGCUUGGCCCUGGUCUGCUUGUCCAGGCUGCUUCGCUCCUCGCUGCUCUCACAGAAGAUGGCGUCUGGCAGAACACGCAUCGCAGGCAUGUUUAGUGGUGGAUGCCUAAAAGAUGGCGUCUAAUAUGGUCGCCCUGACCUCGGAGCUGCGUGAUGAGUGAGACCAGACGGUGCUCCUGCAGGAUCUCAUCCAGCUUGGACUGCAUGUGCUGCUCCAUGUAUGCCUCAAAGGUGUUCUUCAAAAGGAUCCUGCCGGCUGACAGUAAGUGGUGCAACCACGGCGGCAUGCGGAACGCCAGUCGACCUUGGUGAUGAAAAGGUUAAGAUGUUUGCUGGUCUGACGCGUGCGGCGCCUGGUCGCGAGCAUGCCACCUUACCAACGUGCAUCAUGUAGUCGUACAUGCCCUCAACGCCGACCGCCUCCAGGAAGCAGUUGUGGUUCUGUCGUCUCUCAGCGCCAGCCGCCAUGUUGGCAUUGUUCCUGAAGAGCCGGUUGAGGAGCUGAGCGGGAUCAACAUCACAUGCUGGUGAAAUGCCGAGCCAACAUAUGGACAAACGAGGGAGCUGACGUCAUACCCGCUUGUUGGCAUCUGCGCCAGGACUAAGGAUGGUUAGUUCGGGACGGCUGGGCUUGGCUUUGGGAGAUUCGCACGAGUUGAAGAAGGACUGGAUGAACGGCUCCAGGUUUUGUCCUUUCUGGAAAACAUACCACACUCAAGCAUGCUAGCACGCCCUGCUGUCCACUCUAGAAAGUGCAUGGAACCGUGACCCUCACCUCUUUCAUCAACUUCCCGGGAACAGACUUGAAGAUUUUCCCUGCAGGACAAAAUGUUUAGUUACAAAGAAGAAGAAGAAACGUAAAGAGAGGCGCUGAUGGUACCCAAGUUGACAUCAGGCAGCAUCCUGUCCACAAACUGAGACUCCACACUAUGAGGAGACAGGAAGUCAGCCAGCAGCUGACUGUUGCUGAGCUCUGUAUACUGCAGGAGUCUCUACACACACACACACACACACACACACACGUGUCAGUGAUCCUCCUGGGUGUAGUUUGUCUAAUGUGUAUUACCUGUAAAUACUCUUCAAACUCCUCCCUCUUGGAGGCCAGGAAGUCAUGAUUCUUCGGUCCAAGGAUGCGUUUGGGAGGAAGCUGCGCAUCCGCAAAGGUGCCUGUGAGCAUCACGUCUUGAGUUUGAGGACAGCGGUGGAAGGAAAGGCAACAAACGACGAGCGGCGACGUUACCAUGAAACUCUGUGAGCUUGGACUCCAACACGUAGAACUCCAUGUAUCUUCUGUACACCGACCACCUCUCUGGAUCGUGGCCCACUGCAAGAAGAUCUGUCAGGAUGACAACGUUCGGCAGAGAUGGGAGUCUUGGGCGUCGGCUCACCUUCCCUCCUGUCGUUGCGCUCCACAUCAAUGCAGAAGACGGGAAUUCUCUCCCUCUUGGCCUCGUCCUCGUAGAAGUCGAUGUACGGGAUGGUGAUGGUCCAGGCCGAAAGGUUCCUCAGGCUUCCCGGUGUGCAGGCGAGCUCGGCGGGAGAGUCGUCCUCCAUCACCACCAUGGCCUCCUCCACCUGUGGGGGACAGCCGUGUCACAUGACCAGACGGCUUGAGGCAGGCAACAUCGAAGAGGAUUCUCACCACGUCGUCAUCUGCAUCGGCCAUGGCAUUGGGCGGCAGGAUGGCGCCCUCCAUGGUGGUGCUCUUGAACACACCUUUGAGCUUGCUGCCAAUCCUGCUGAUCCCAAACGACUCCCCUCGCUUGGAAGUGUUCCUACAAGCAGGUCACAUGGUACACGGCGCCCCACGCAGGACCACUGAGCACUGAUUGCACUGAUUGGUUGGUUGACAAACCUGCUGACUCGUAAGCUCCUUGUUGGUGACUCGGCUCCUUUCAGCAGGUGUCUGAAGUACUGACACACAAACACACAGUCAUCUUCCCACUUUAGGAAGUGUGCACAUGUUUGGUGGUCCUACCUCGUCGCUGUGACAGAACAUGGGUGUGAAGACGUUCUCCAGAAGAGACAGGACGUGUUCGUAGGCCUCAAAGAGACAGCGCAUGGUCUGCAGCUUGACCACGGCGCCGUACGGACCUGCAGCCACUGAAUAAGAGGUCAUGUGAUCACACCUCAAAGGAGCGUGUCAAAGGGGGAUGGAAAAAAAUGAUGUCUUACCGUUCCUUAUCUCGUCCACGAUGAAGCGGUCCAAGUUGAUCUUGUCCACGCUUUCAUCCAGGCAGUACGUCUCGUAGAUGUGCACCACCUCGCCGUGCAGACGUCGCAGCUCCGAGUCGCACAGCUCCGGGCUCAAGAUCUUGUCAUUGAGCUCCUCUGGAGGAUGAGGCGGCAACAUUUGUGUCACAUGACGCCAUGCGGUCACACACGCUCGUGGGGCUCUCACCUACGGCCAGGCAGAACUGCAGCACGUGCACGGCGCCCUCCUGCUUCAGGAAGUUCAUAAAGCGGAACAGAAGGUCCUGCUGCUCCCUGAUCUCCCUCAGCUCCAGCUUGAGCACCUGCAAGGCCGACAGUGGGGAUCAUGAACGGUCGAUGGAUGCACGUGGCGGUGCGAGGCUGACUGACCGAGGGCUUCUUGUGGCUGCAGGCUGCGUAUUUGUGCAGGAAAGGAACCAAAGCUGACGGAGCUUCUGUGGCAGCUUCUGGCUACAUGCACAAACACCACAAAGGUCACAUAUGAACACAAAUGUCAACAUGUUCACGCUUCUGUGGACUUACUGGAGUGUCAUCGAUAAACUUCAGCACCAUCAAGUUGACAGUGUCCUGCAAAAGCAAUAGGGAGCACGUUCAAAAGAGUCAAGUUGCACCGGAGAAACCCAACUCACCGGAUCGGCCAUGAAGUCCAUGGUGGGAAGGAUGACGGAGCCUGCCAUGACCUCCCUCAGCAGCAGCGCCAGAGACCUGGCAAAAGCAGACGCUCAGCGUGGAGUACUUCCUGUCUGCGGGAUGUGGCACGAGCGUACCUGCACUCUGUUGCUUUCGGAGGCAUCAAGUAUGGGAACAGCAUCUCGCUCAGCUUCCUGAGGUACAACAGCUCGUUCUUGCGGCUGCGCACGGCCACAUGGAGGUCGGCACCGUACUCCUCCAGAGACGCUUGCUGCAGCGUGUGACCUUGGUGGACUGAAUGAACCCAACGUCAGCAUGCGCCACGACCUUGAAGUGCCAACGCAGUACAUAUUACCUUUAGCUUGAGCUUUAGCCAGAAUCUCCACAUGUUUCACCGCAGCUUUCAUCACUUUGUCUGCAAAUACAGCGGGAACGUCCACCUGUAGGUGCAGCCUCACAUGUUACCUUUGACCUCUUACAUGAACGCACGCCACAAGGAGAGCAUCACCUUUUGAGCUCGGCGGACAAAGACAGAUGCAAAGAAGCGAAAGGUCAUGCGGAGUUCAUCCACACACGCCUCGUCAUCCGUGAUGUCCCUGCGGUCCACAAAAGGAAGUCCAGUCGGGCUUUGGGACAAGAAUGACAGGCACACAAACACUCACCGAUACCACGGGUACACAAAGUUCUCCAGAACCAGCUCAAAGACCUGCAGUCAGAGUGACAGAAGUUACAAGUCAAGACUUGUUGACCGUGAUCCAUGCUGGACAUGAUGUCUGACCUCUGCGAGGGACGAGUCCACCUUGGAAUGAACCUUCAGGCCCAACCACGGCUGGUAGUUCUCCAGCAGCAACGUGGGCCUGGGCACAGUAACAACACAUAAACAACAUGCAGUGCUGAGGACACAAAGUGCUGUUACCAUGGCAACGCAACAUAACCUACCGAUGACGCUUGCAUUUCACCUUGCCACACACGGCACAACUGUGACCCGAAGGGAACAACUCUUGUUCCCGACGCUGUGACAACACAUAAAACAUCAUCAUCAUCAUCAUCAUCAUCACGAGAGGGCACCCUGAUAUUGCCCACUGAACACUCACUGUGUGUCUCGCUUUCCUGCUGAAGAAGACAUUUGGCAGCAGCGAGUCUGGUUCCAGAGCACAGUAGAAUGUGAUGACACCCGCCAGGAAGGACCAGAAGCCCAUCAGGAUGUGGAUGUACCUGCAAGGACAACAAACACCUCAUCACAUCAUAUCAUAGCAAGUACUACCACCAGGCUGUAAGCAGUACAGGCAUGACAUCACUGCACGUUUAACUCUUUUUAAGUAAAUGCUCACUGAAUAUUUUUAAUAUAGCAUGUAUUUCAACUGUAUGUAUUUCAACAUGCGUGGGUUUUCUCCGGGUACUCCGGUUUCCUCCCACAUUCCAAAAACAUGCUAGGUUAAUUGGCCACUCCAAAUUGUCCAUAGGUAUGAAUGUGAGUGUGAAUGGUUGUUUGUCUAUAUGUGCCCUGUGAUUGGCUGGCCACCAGUCCAAGGUGUACCCCGCCUCUCGCCCGAAGACAGCUGGGAUAGGCUCCAGCACCCCCGCGACCCUCAUGAGGAAAAAGCGGUAGAAAAUGAAUGAAUGAAUGUAUUUCAACUAGUUUAAAAGUGCUCAGCCGUCACGCCGUGACGUCAUUACGUACAAUAAGCUGCUUAGCACACAGAUUAACUGUAAACACACACUGUGGACUUUCACAUGAAAUAUAUAGUGUCUUAAACAGUAACCAUACAUUGUUGUGUUAAUUUAAUGUAUAGAUAUACGGUGUGAAAGUAAAGCACAGUUACCUGUUGAGCAGCAGGGUGAGGCCCAUCAUGAAGACCAGCAGGCAGCAGAAGACUGGAUAUUGACGACCCGCUUUACUCACAACGUCCAGCCUCAGUGUUCGCUUUAAAGUCUCCAUUACACCCCCCGCCAUCCUCCCUCAGCAUAAAACUGCUAAAUGUCCUCCAUAUUUUACAAUGUGUGCUGCGAGGACGGAAGAAGUUGAAAGUCGCGCUCCGUUUAGAUUUGAGCCAGCUAGCUAAAGGCUAUACGAGACUUACAGCGAUUAAAGUAAUAUCGUCACAAAAUAACACAAAGCAUCGCCAAGACUUGCAACAUUGCCGCUCCUCAACUUCACUGGUUGACUUUAUAGAAAUACUUUGAAGUCAUGUCAACUUUUAGGCGACUUCUUUGACAGCUCAUUUGUUGACGGGUCCUUGUUGGGUUGCCAGAUGUGAUGGAAUCCCGCAAACCUGCUCUUGCAGCUAAAGUUACAGAACUAGUUUGAAAAGACGUUCGAGCAAUCAUUACAAUGUCAUUGGCGUUAUUAAAACCGUAAUUACUCAAGGGCACCCGAGUAGUCUUGAGAGCUACAAUAAACCAAGUCGUGAGUCGUGAGACUCGAAAGAGCCUUCAUAUUCGCAAACAUGGCAACCCCAGUGUCACUUCCGCUCAUUUGAACACUUGACUUCUUUGCACAUUUC